AACAGAGGGACUUUCCACAUCCUUCACCUUUCUGAAGAACCUGUCCACUGCUCCUUCCUCAUUUUACAGACAGUUUAUUAGUCUGACCCGUUGGAUUUUGCUCCAGUUUGUUGCUGUGAAGAAGCUUCAGAGAUUCAGAUGGACCAGGCUGACAAUGAAGAGCGUCCCCAGGCCAGAGGGAGUCUGGCAGGCAGUGAGGAUGCCCUCAUAACACCUCAUGCAACCAGGAGGACCUCCAACAGUCGUGCGUUGAAGGUGGCAGGCCUGACGACACUGGCGUGUCUGCUGGUGGCCAGCCAGGUCUUCACUGCCUACAUGGUGUACGGCCAGAAGCAGCAGAUCAACUCUCUGCAGAGGGACUCGGAGAAGAUGUCCAAGCAGUUGACUCGAUCCUCCCCAGCUAUGAGUCGAGUGAGGAUUCCCAUGAACAGCAUGCCUCUGCUGAUGGAUUUCACUUUGGAUGACAGCAAAGACACGACAGCGAAGACAUUCAAUCUUGAGGACAAGUCUGAAUCCUCCACGUCUCUGCCAGCCAUGACCAAAUGCCAGACACAAGCUAAACCUAUUCCCGGGAGGUUCGGUGCCUACCAGCCACAAUGUGACGAGCAGGGCCGCUACUUGCCCGCCCAGUGCUGGCCCUCCAUUGGCUUCUGCUGGUGCGUGGACGAGGAGGGCACCCCAAUCCCGGGCACCAACGUUCGCGGACACCCUGACUGUCCCAAAGGUGUUCGCAAGAGUAUGGUCACUUCCAGGCUGAUUGGCACUGAUGGUCAGUGAACCAAA